AUGUUAUUAUUUGGAGCCAUAUUUCGUUGUCUUGAUCCAAUAUUAACGAUAGCUGCUAUGUUAAGUUACAAAAGUCCAUUUAUUACACCUUUUGGUAAAGAACCGGAAUUUAAUGCAGUAAGGAAGAAAUUUGAAAAUCAUAAUUCUGACUUAUUAACGAUGUAUAAAGCAUAUUGUGAGUGGAAAUCAAAUUAUGGGAAAUCUUCUUCAAUAAUGGGAGAAUUUUGUCAAAAGAAUUUUCUGAGUGAUCAAAAUUUACGAAUGAUUGACGAUUUGAAAAAACAAUAUUUAUCUUUAUUGAAUGAAAGUGGAAUUAAGCAGGCAAAAUCUUAUAAUGUAAAUUCAACUUCUACUCCAAUUAUUAAUGCUGCCAUAGUUGCAGGAUUAUACCCUAAAGUGAUACAUCGCGACUUACAAAUGCAACAAUUUAUAAAUCGUGAUCAAAAAACUGUUUAUAUACAUCCAUCUUCGGUAAACUAUCCUCUUCAAAAUGCAAAGAAACCAAACAAAGAUUGGUUUGUAUAUAAUACAAUGAUACAAACUAAAAAAUUAUAUGUUAGAGAUACCAGUUUAGUGGAAGUUGUGGAUCUAGUAUUAUUUGGAAGAGAAACUGAAGUGAAGCAUGAAAUCAAACUUUUGACAAUCGAUAAAUGGAUAAAAUUACAAUGUUUCGCCAAGACUGCAACACUAUUAAAAUAUUUAAGAGAGCAAUUGAAUAAAAUUCUUAAAUAUAAAAUCGACCAUCCUGAAGCUGAACUUGAACAAGAACAAAAAGAAUGGUUAAAUUUAAUAUUAGGAGUUAUAAAGAGUUGUGAAAUUGAUUUUUCUCCUGGUCGUGUAUCAGUUUAA